AUGGCACCUAUCACGCACCUUUAUUCCCCCGUCUCUCGAUUUCUGCCCCCCCCGGGUAACCUCCAGACGCCCCUCCUCAUCCCCCCUGCCCUUCCUGCUCCAGACCCCUUUGUUACCCAGGCCUCCCUCGGCUGCGAGCUGCACCCCAACGGCACCUCGAGGGGAUUCUAUGACGCUGCGGGGAACGGCGAGGGCGUCGUGAGCUUUGAGGUGGACGUGGGCACCUGGGUCGCUCGUUCAGAGGAUAAGCUGGCGCUCCACGCCCGGGACCUUCUCAACUGGGAUAAGAGCGCGUCCGCCAGGCUUCAGUUUUUUUUUAGAAUAACUUGCAUCUAUCUGCUCAGGACGUUUGUCGUCUACGGGAAAGAGUCUCUGGAGAGGCAAGGUGAGGCUGGUCACCAUUCCCUGCUCGCUGAGAUGCAGCCACCUCUGGCGUCAAGUGCGGGGCCGUUUAUCCAGGGACCCCUGGCCUGGUGUACAAAUGCAGCUGUAGCUGGGGUGGAGCACCGUAGCCAUUUCAUAGUCGCACCGCACAGCUGUUUAGGACAGGAAGUGAAGGGGGAUUCCCUCACCCCUGGUAACUGCAGGAGACAGAAUUGGGGCCUGGCCAGGACAGCGGGGCCAACGCCUGACCCCGGAGGAUGGAGCUGGGCUUGGCUAGUGAGUCCCCGGCCGGUCGCCGUGGUGUUUGCCCGAGCGCCUCCCCCAGCCGGGACCCCCGCGCCGUUACUGCUGGUUUGCCGGGUCACCGGUUUCUACCCCCGGCCCGUCCGCGUGGCCUGGCUGCAGGACGGGGAGGAGGUGGGGCCGGGCGGGCGGCUGAGCUCCAGCGGGAUCCUGCCCAACGCGGACCUGACCUACCAGCUGCGCAGCUCCCUGGCCGUGGAGCCGGGCGACGGGCACAGCUACGCCUGCCGGGUGGAGCACAGCAGCCUGGGGGGCCAGAACCUGCUGAUCCCCUGGGAGCAGGGCAGGGGCUGGGGUCCUGGCCUGGCCGUGGGCAUCACCCUGGGGGCUCUGGCCGUAGCCGCCGUGGCCGGGGUGCUGUGGAGGAGCAGUCGCAGAGUCUACCAGGACGUUGGACCAGGGAGUCCAGUGCCUCAGGGGGCAGCACCGGCCCAGGCGUGGGCAUUGGCCCGUCUCCUGAGGACAUGGACCUUGGGGCUGGAUCCAUGCCUGGCUCCAGGGCUGAGGGCCCCGAGGGCAGGACUGGAUCGGGGCCCUGGGAGAUCGGGGCUCUGGGUGGGGGGGUUUUACCCCUUGGGGAUCGAGAUCAAGUGGCUGAAGAACGGGCAGGAGCAGACGGCCGGGGUGGUGUCCACGGAGCUGCUCCAGAACGGAGACUGGACCUUCCAGAUCCUGGUGAUGCUGGAGAUAAGCCCCUGGUGCGGGGACGUCUACACCUGCCAGCUGGAGCACAUCAGCCUGCGGGACCCCCUCAGUGUGCACUGGGUGACUCUGGGCCCCUCAUCUCGCUGCCCUGACGCCCGCCUGAGCCCGGCUUCCCCUUCCCCUGCCAGGAUGCUGCUCCCUCUGCUGCUCCUCCCCUGGGCAUGGGGGGCCCGGACUGCCUCCCCUCCUCUCCCCCCAGCAUCUGUCACCCUGCGGCUGCUCCAGAUCAAUGUCUUCCACAACACCAGCUCCACGGACAUGGAGGGGAUGGCCCUGCUGGGCGACCUGGAGACCCACUCCAUGGACUGCAGCACCUGCCAGAUCCGCUUCCUGCAGCCCUGGGCCCAGCGCGGCCUGACCCCGAAGGAGUGGCAGGACCUGGAGCUGCUGAUCCAUCACUACCUGUUCAAUUUCAACCGUACUGUGAACAGGAUAGCUCAGCAGCAGGGAAUGGCCUACCCCUUUGUUACCCAGGUCUCUGUCAGCUGCGAGUUCCACCCCAACGGCACCUCGAGGGGAUUCUAUGAGGCCGCGGUGAACGGCGAGGACUUCAUCAGCUUCGACGCGGAUGCAGGCACCUGGGUCGCUCGUCAGGGGGACAAGCUGGCGCUCUACACCCGGGACCUUCUUAACCACGAGAGGAGCACGGCCAUCACGCUUCAGUUUCUCCUGCGAGCAACCUGUAUCAAUGAGCUCAAGAGCUUUGUCCAGUAUGGGAACGAGUCUCUGGAGAGGCAAGAGCGGCCGGUCGCCAUGGUGUUUGCCCGAGCGUCUCCCCCAGCCGGGACCCCCGCGUCGUUACUGCUGGUUUGCCGGGUCACCGGUUUCUACCCCCGGCCCAUCCGCGUGGCCUGGCUGCAGGACGGGGAGGAGGUGGGGCCGGGCGGGCGGCUGAGCUCCAGCGGGAUCCUGCCCAACGCGGACCUGACCUACCAGCUGCGCAGCUCCCUGGCCGUGGAGCCGGGCGAUGGGCACAGCUACGCCUGCCGGGUGGAGCACAGCAGCCUGGGGGGCCAGAAUCUGCUGAUCCCCUGGGAGCAGAGCUGGGGCUGGGGCCCCGGCCUGGCCGUGGGCAUCACCCUGGGGGCUCUGGCCGUAGCCGCCGUGGCCGGGGUGCUGUGGAGGAGCAGACGCAGGGGCUACCAGGACGUUAGACCAGGGGAGUCCAGGGCCUGAGGGCGGCACCGGCCCAGGUGUGGGCAUUGACCCAUCUCCUGGGGACAUGGACCUUGGGGCUGGAUCCGUGCCCAGCUCCAGAGCUGAGGGCCCCAAGGGCAGGACUGGAUCGGGGUGUCACGGAGUGUGGGGGAGUCCGGGCCCUGCACCCCUCUUCCUGGGAUUCACUGUGACUCUCAGCCAGCCAGUAAAAUGGAAGGUUUAUUGGACAACAGGAACAAAUAGAGCUGUGGGUACACCCAGGACCCCUCAGUCAAGUCCUUCUGGGGGAGCAGGGAGCUUAGACCCCAGCCCUGGGGUUCCCUGUGUUCCUCCACCCAGCCCCAAACUGAAAACUAACCCCCCAGCAGGCUCCCUCCUGCAGCCUCUGUCCACAUUGCCGGGCAGAGGUGUUACCUCCCCCAUCCCCCUCCCGGCUCAGGUGACAGGCUCUCAGGUCUCCCACCCCCAGUGAAACUCCCCUGCCACAUUCCCAGGUCAACACUCCCCCCUCCCUGCUGCGUCACAGGUAGCAAGUGGGUUGCCCAUGGGACAUAGGCCCAGCUACCCACAGGGAGCCCUGACAACACUACGCCCCACAGGGCGCCGGGGAGGCAGCUGGCUGGGCUGGGCUGAAAGCUCCUGGGGGCAGGGCCCCUCCAGAGCUGGGUGUGAGGGACCCAGGCUCCAGGGGUAGGUUCUGUGUUUUUGUUCUGCGUCUGGGCAGCAGCGAGCCCAAGGGGGUCCUGGGCACGACCGUCUCCUCGACCCUGCGGUAAUACAGCAAUAAUAAUAGUUCUGGCUGGGGAGGGGAAGAGAGGGAGGCUAGCGAGUGUGGACGCAGCGCAGCCAGGAGGGGUUUAUCCCCAGUGUGGACGCAGCGCAGCCAGGAGGGGUUUAUCCCCAGUGUGGACGCAGCGCAGCCAGGAGGGGUUUAUCCCCAGCGUGGACGCAGCGCAGCCAGGAGGGGUUUAUCCCCAGCGUGGACGCAGCGCAGCCAGGAGGGGUUUAUCCCCAGCGUGGACGCAGCGCAGCCAGGAGGGGUUUAUCCCCAGCGUGGACGCAGCGCAGCCAGGAGGGGUUUAUCCCCAGCGUGGACGCAGCGCAGCCAGGAGGGGUUUAUCCCCAGCGUGGGGACAGCACCUCCCCGCACGGCCCUUGCCCGGUCCACACAUGCCCUGCUCUGCAGAGCGACUGUGUGCACACGGGGGGCUUGGCGACACAGCGGUGUGCUGGGGUGUGGGGUCACACCUCUGACCCCCGGAGCUCUGUGUGUGUCCCGGGGGUGGUGUCACACCUAACUGCAGAGCUCUGCUGGGAUAAGCGUUAAGUGUAGACCAGGCCACAGGCAGGGUUCGGGGGGACCAUCCAUGGGAGGCUGGGACGUGGGCCCAUUACUCUCCAGGGGGCUCCAGCUCUAAUGCAGCCCCAGGGUGGGGGGACUGGCAGCUCAGUGGGGUGAGGAAUGGGACACGCGGCCUUUCCCAUUAGGGUGCACUGGCUCCAAUCCAGCCCCAGGGCAGGGGAGGGGCUGGGCUGGCUGAAGGAGGUGGGCAAGGGGCACGGGGCCUUUACCCUCCUGCAGUUCCAGCUCCACUCUGAUGUUAGUGACCAGAAUUCCUCCCCACGGGGCCUGGUCUGUGCCCUUGAUAUGUAGCGUUGCUCCGUGUCCCCUGCCCAAACCUGGCCUCCCCCAAUGGCACCACCUUCCCCCCUCCGUCUAACGCGCUGCAUGUUCACACUGCGCACGUCAGGAUGGGAUGGGAGGUGGAGGGUGGGAUGGAGUGGGAAUUUUCUGUAAUAUUUUGUAUGAAUACUGUAUGUGCCUCAGUUUCCCCUACAUGCUGCAUUGUUCGUUAGGUGGGAGGAAACGGCUGUUUACUCUUUGCAGAGGCCCAGCGAGGCAGGUGUGGCUGGUGCCCGGCUGUCUCGGCUUUGGGGCCCAGGUUCAUGUAGCAAAGCCAAACACGGCAACGUUUGCCACCUAGCACCCAACAAAUGAUCCUGAUCGUGUCGACUUCCUGCCUCUCAGCAAGGGAGCUGCGCCCCAUUCCCCUGGCCAAGAGCACGGCCUGAGGAGGGGCCAGGUGGGGGGUGAGCUCACCCGGGAACGAGAGACAAAGAGGGGACAGGGGACAAAGAGGCCCAGAGCUGGAGCCAAGGGGUCCACACAGCUUGGCUGGGACUGGGAGACCCCCCAAAGGAACUCUGCUGUACCCCAGUUCUCUGUGCUGGCCUGAGGGCUUCCUAUGCCGUGUGCUAGUCACCUAAUAAACCUGCCUGCUUUGACAA